GAUUUCAUGAGUAGAAGAGCAGUAUUCGACAUCGCAUUGAGUAACAGUGGAUUCUACGUUUUGUUCCAUCGAAAUAAUUGUUUAUAGAGAAAAUUUUCAUUACUCGCUACUUGAGUCUUCUUAAAAUUAUUUGUUUAGUUGUGUGAACAAAAUGAAAGUGGAGGCGACUUCUCGCCCCAACUGUUUACAUCAAAGUUAUUUCUUUCGUGUGGUUUUGUGGUCGGCUUCGAAAUACUCAUUAGUUUCAACAGAUGACACGGAUAAGCCGAUGAAAUCGAUCGGUUUUCUUCGAUAUCGAAAGCAAAUAUUCAUCGGGAUGUUGGUGUUGGUGGUCAUUUCAAUCUAUUUAUUCAGUCAAUAUCCGAUCGGACCAGAAUUUGGAACCAGUUUUGGUGCUAAAUCAUGCUAUGAACCAACAUCAACGAGCUAUGAUGAUAUUAUUCUCUUUGAAGACAUCUAUGAGGCUGAAAAACAACCGACUCCCGAUCGAUCGAUAUUUUUCAUUGAAACGUCAUGCGUAAGAAAUGGACUGGCCGCACUAAAUGCAAGGCAGGCAUGUGCGGUCGAAUCAGCAGCGCGUUGCAAUCCAGAUCGAGAUGUUUUUCUGCUAUUUCCGUCGCAAGUUGGAUUCUCCGAAAGUUUAUCAAGACCAGUCAUGAAAUCUCUACGCUCGUAUCAUAACAUUCACUUUCGACGAGUGAAUUAUCGCAACUAUUCCAUAGGUACGCCGGCUGAACAAUUUUUCCAAACCGACAAAAUCUUCAAGUCAACAUAUUUUAUUGAAACCUUCUCGGAUUUGCUAAGAUAUUUAACACUUUACCGAUUUGGUGGCAUUUAUUUAGACACGGAUACGGUCACACAACAGAGUUUCAAUGAUCUACCCGCCAAUUUUGCCGGCAACGAAAAACGAAGCCUUGCAAAUGGUGUGAUGGGAUUUGAUAGACAUGGUCGUAAAAUCUUAGAAUUGACUAUCAAAAAUAUGUUUGAUAACUUCGAUCCAUAUGUUUGGGGUAACACUGGGCCUCAAGUUCUGACUGGAACUCUUUUGAAAAUUUGUAAUGUGACUGAAGUUAGCGAUAUGAAGCCAGAAAUUUGUGAAGGAUUUAAUGUGAUGCCAAAAGAGGUGUUUUAUCCCAUACAUUAUUCGGAAUGGGAGCGAUACUUUGAUGCUGACCACUUGACUGAAUCAAUGGAAAAAAUCAAACAGUCGAUUGCGAUCCAUGUUUGGAAUAAACUUUCGUUGCAUCAACCGAUUUUGAAGGAUUUCAAAAAUAGCACAAUUAUCAAGAAAUACGGAACAAUGUUGACAAAGAGUUACAAGGCACUGAACCCAUAUGGAGAAACGGCGUACGGUGCCAUUGCUAAGAUGGAAUGUCCACAAGCCUAUGGAUCAUCAGGCGAUCUGUUUUGAAUUUGAUUAAUCAAAUUGAAAACAAGUUGAGAACAUUAGAGUCUUAGCAAGGCACAGAAUCUCAGAUUGUAACUCUGGAUUAAAUAUAAAUCGAUCGUCUCUUUUUUUUCUAUUUCGAGCGCUUUUUUUCUUCUUUCUUUUUUGCCACUGUUUUAGUUUAACCUACAUAAUGCAUCAGUUUAUCACAAGCUUUUUAGAAUUGUCAACCGAAACCCCAUCAAAAAAACUGACGUACAAAGAUAAAAAUAACCACGUUGUUUGACUAAACUAAUUUGUUUCUAAACUUAGUUCAUCUUUGACUAUUGAUUGUAUAUUUUCAAUGCUUUUUUUUUAAUCGAACCAAUUUUAACUGAAACGAUGGAAAAAAGAUGAGGACAAAACGAUAAAAUAAACAAUUUGCUCAUUUAAAAUAGUCCGUUUCAAUUGGAAUUUUCACGAGUGUGACGUUCGGAAUCAGUGAAAUAAUCUCAUUUCCAUUAAGUUUCUACACACGUUACUUUUUUUGUUCUUGUCCAGUAUCUCUUAUCAGAUCCAUUGAUGUUCUCAUCCGAUUCUCUCCGUCUAAGUUUCUUUGUUUUUGUUAGUUAGUUUGUUUUGUUCACACGGUAUAUACUAACAAAAUCGAUGAUGAGCGAUAAAGAAACACAUUAAUAAAACAAAUAUGUCGUAGUAAAAUUCAUUAAA